AUGACUGAUAUUGAUCGCUUCUGUCCUUCUUCCUUGUUCCAAGACAUCUCUAUACAUCUCAGCUUUAGUAGUCUCUGGGUGGGGUGCAACCGAAAAGACAAUGCAACAUCACAAGCUUUGGUUCUUUUUGGUGCCCCUAAGGAAGCAGUUGAGAUUUUUUGUGAAAGUAAAAUGACAAAUACUGAAGGGGUGAAUAAAGGCAUUUACUUUAGCUACCCAUGUCGACGUCACAGCUGUGCUUUAGUAAACAUCCCAGCACCAUGUGUGAACAAAAUGAUUUCACACAUUGAAGAUGUGGAGUCUAAAAUACAGGAGCAUUUGAAACAGUUUGAAACUUCUUUUGAAGAAUGGAGCAGAACUUCUUCAACAAAAGUCCUGAAAGAAGAUUGGAGUAUUGUUACACCAGUGAAAGAGGUCAAACCAGAAGAGAGAGGUAGAGUUUGUCCAGAAUUAAAGCAGGAAAUGGAAACAUUGCUAUCAGAGGCCAUCCAUCUCAUUAAAAGUCUAGAAACUGACCGUGCAGAAGCUGAAGAAGCUUUAAAACAACAAAAAUCAAGAAAGAAAAAGAUUAACAUGAAAAUUGAUUCUUGGUCAAUCUGGAAACUUCAAGAAAUCCCAUUAGCUGUGCAGAAAGAACAUGAGGCCUAUUUGAGAGAUAUUAUAGAAUUACAAUGGCAUCUUGAAGAUAAAGCUCAUCAACUAAAAUAUUUUGAGGAACAAAAGGCAAAAUUGGAAGAAGCUAAUGCCAAGCUUCAAGCAGACAUAGACUACAUGAGUGAACUUGGUCCUCUGCUGAACUCAAAGUGGAACCAGGAACUUGAAGCUCUGAAGGAAUAUAAAAAAAAAAAAUUUGAGGUCAUGGAACUAUACAAAAAAGUUCAUGAAGAACUUGAAGAAGCUAUAGAAAACUGCAAAAAUGCCAAAUUGGAUGCUAAAAAAUUUAGAGAAGACAUGGAAAAAGAUAUUCGUGAUUCCAAAACAAAAGUAGAAGCCUACAAGAAAGAGUUAGAUAAACUUAACAAUCUACGUAUUCACUACUCUUCAUCAAUACAAAAUGUUAAUUUUACUAUUGAGGAGAAUGAAGAGGCAGUGACCGAAGUAUUGAAGGAAACAAAGACAUCAACAAAUAAAUUAUCUUCGUUAUCAAAAACGCUAGAUGAUUUGAAAAGGGUUUAUGAUCAACUAGUCUGGAAGAAAAAAGUUAAUGAAAGUGAAUAUCUGGAAGCACUUAAUAAUUUUUAUGCCGCGAAAAAAACAUGGGAUAUAGAGCUUUCUGAUGUCGCAAAAGAUUUUUCAGAUAUUUCAAUAGCAUGUAGUCAAUUGAUGGAAGAAAAUAAAAAAAUUGGGAUUGAUAUUGAAACCAUAGCAGGUUAUAUCAAUGACAGUAUAAGGAAAAAAUCGCAGCUUGAGUCUGAAAUCCAAUCUUUGUUGAAACUGAAGUCAAAAAAUGAGGAAUUUCUUAAACAACUGUACAGAGAAGCUUAUUAUGUUAGUACUGUUUUCCACUUAACCAAAUUUAAAACAGAGGAGUUAGAAGAGAAAAUAGCAGAAGUCAGAAGAAAAUUCAAGGGCAGAGAAGACUUCUUGAAAAGACUCACUCGAGGUGAAGUGUCUAAUGGAAUGGUGAUUCAGAAAAGAAUGUAUUCUAUUCAAGAAGAUCAGGUACUUGAGAGGCAGGAGCUUAUGCAAGAGAAAGCAAUAUAUACCCUAACGCUGGCAGAACUAGAGGCACCUAUGCUUCAACUAGAAGAAGAUGCUGCAAGAAUCAGAACUAUCCACAAAGAACAUUCUGAUACACUACGUAAUAUAAUUGAGAGGAAAGAAUAUGUUAAAAAAAAUGUGGAAAGAACUAAGAAAAAGUUGCAAAGAAAGGGGAAGAAAACCCGUGAUUCACUAGUAGAAACUGAGAAAAAAACCUCAAUAAUUUUUGAAGAAAUAGAGGCCACUAAAAGUAAAACAAUUUUUUAUCAUGCCAAAAUAAAUCAGUUGAAUAAAGACUUAAAAGAAAAAGAAAAGGAAAAGAAAACUUUUGAUCAGAUUCUUGACAGUUUAAAAGAUCAAUUUAUAACUAUGAGAUAUAAAAAGGAGCAUGCACAAGCUGUGUUUGAUCAUCUCAUAAGUGAGAAAAAAGCCUGUGAUGAAAGACUCUAUGAGGAAGAACAGAGGUAUAGAACACUCCUUACCAUGAGGCAGAAAACUCUGGCAGGUAUUAAAAGAAUACAAGCUGAUUCACUAGAAGAAAACCUACGUUUAGCUCAAGAGUAUCAGAAAUUACAGACUACUUUCUUAACAGAAAAGGACAAUUAUUUCAAUUUAUAUGAUAGAGAGUUAUCACUUGAUGCUUCAAUUAGAGAUCAGAAACAGCUCUGUCAGCUGCAAAGAACGAUACACAAGGUGUGGCAGAAGCACUUCAAACUGGUGGCCCUCUACAACCAGAUGAGGCUGGCCAAGUUCCAGACAGACUCUCAAGAGAGUAUUCAGAAAAUAUUAGCUGUGCAGGAGGAGUCUUCAAAUUUAAUGCAACACAUCUUAGAUUUCUUCCAGACUUUGACAGAUGUUCCAUGUAAAAGUGAUGGUUAAGCAAACAACCAAUGUAUCUUGGAUGCUGAAAUAAAAGACAAGAAAAGUCACACAGUUCAGAUAACAGUGUAAUUGGACAUUCACCUGUUUGCCAUUUCACACUUCCAUGGACGAAAAACUCACUUACCUCCCAGCAUGCUUUGCCACUCUUUUACUUACAGCAAAUCCAUAACAAUGAAACAGGUGACUUUCAUGCUGCUGUCAGGAACGAUCUAAUUUCAGCUCUGGGUGACUGAUUGCAAUUGGCUUUGCCUCAUCUGAUAAUUAAUCUAUGUCACCAUUAAUUGGAAGAGAGAAUAAUUACUGGCAGUGUUGACAGUGACUGUUCGCUUCCCCAGAUUUCCCCAUCGUGUUGGCCCAGAUAAAGGCUUUGCGAUUCAGUACUUAAAGUUUGUGUAAACUAUAACAAUACCUAUGCCCAUGUGACACUUUCAGACACUCUUGUCUAAUGUACUUUUGUUUUUGUGUUUACCAGUCUUUUUUAGCUCACUGAG